AUGUUCCAGGAAGCUACUCCUCCUCCAAGCAGUCCUGUCUGCGAGGGCAGGAGUAAUCAAAUGGGAUAUGUUUCAUUCACUCAAACCGUGCAGAAGCCUCAAGGUCUACCACCAAGGACACCUAGGAAGCUUCAAGGUAUCGUCAACAGCAGCAGCCCGACAUACUGGGCAAACACACCUGCUCUAAGCUCACCUGCCGACUUCGGUCCUUCAACUUCACCAACAUUAAUUCGUGUAGCCCCCACCACUCGAUCAUCGAACAAUAAUAACAAGGAACGAAAGCCGCCCUCGGUUACCCCUCGGAGGUUCACAAGAUUCUUCCACGGUCAGCGAAAAGUUCCAGCUGUCAGAUGUGCCCUCAACGACAUAACGAAGGCCUCUCUUAACGAGGUCGACGAGCAGUUACCACCCCGCCUUGAUGGCGACAGAGAUAUAUCCAUGGACUCAGGGCUUGCAACCAACAAACGUCCGAUAGCAGCUGUUUUGGGCUUUGAUUCUACAGAGCUUGGUCGUGAUAUCAAGCGGCAAAAUAAGGAGCUUGGUCCAGAUUUCCUGAACGUUAGCUUAAGUCAAACAUCCCUAGAUACUCCCCAGGCUACAGCAAGCACCCCUGAGCCUGUCCAAAGAAGUCUUCUGAGCCAGCGAAGCACUGCUGCUCGAAUUUUUCAACGGGAAAUAGGGGACAUAGACGGUGCAUUUGAUAUUCUCGACUUGGCACACCCUGUCCUGGACUGGAGACAUCAAACUGCAGACUUUUGUUCCUCUUUUGACUAUGUUCACGAUACAACCGCCGUUGCCCGGCCAGGCCAGGCCCGGGGAACCAUCUUCUCACAGGCAGCAUGUAAUACAAGCAAUAUGGUAUUCAUUGGUGACGACAUGGGCGAGGUUCGUCUACUGGACACUGAAACUCCCGGCGAUGAUGGAUUCAAAAAGUGCCAUCUUCGAUGGACUGCACACGGAAACGCCGUUACUGAUGUUGCCUUGUCGUCCGAUGAUCUGCGAGCUGCCACUGCCUCGGCCGAUCGGUCUGGUAUUAUCUGGGAUAUGAUGACUCAAAAGCCCUUGGCACUCCUCGACUGCGGUAGCUCCGCAAAGUCGAUUCGUUUCCAGCCCGGUCAAGGCGUCGGGAACGUCGUAGCAACCAGUACCCGUGACGGCAUCGUCCAAAUAUGGGACCUUCGGUGCAAAAACAGUCGCUACAGCGAGUGGAGCCAGGGUACAGUCGACGAAGAGGACUACCUCCGCGUUGCGAACAUUCCACCUUGGAACACGUUCGUUUCCGGCUCCACGGUACCCUGGACCACCAAGAGCUCCUCCAGCUCUCAACCAUCCAGGACCGUAGUGACAGCCCUCGAGUUUCUUCCUGCAGGCAAGGAACAUCUAGUGAUAUCAUCUUGCGAGGCAAACGCUACCAUAAAGCUCUGGGAUAUUCGUGCCAUUCGCCACCAGCUGGAAGCCAACAACAACGCAAGCAAACCCCUAUCUUGUGUCGCUCCUCCCCCUAGUCACAAGGCCUCGCGCAAUUGGGGCAUCAGCUCCAUGACGCUCGGAACCGACGGAGCCCGGCUCUACGCCCUCUGCAAGGACAACACGGUGUAUGCCUAUUCGACAGCGCACAUGGCCCUGGGUCACGUCCCCGAGCUGGAGCAGCGCCACAACCCCUUGCCCCGGAGGAACGCGGCGGUCCACCAGGGACUCGCCCCUCUGUACGGCUUCCGGCAUGCGCUCUUUACCUCGCCCACCUUCUUUGUCAAAUGCGCCAUCCGCCCCGCCCGGGAUGGCCGCUCCGAGCUGCUGGCUGUUGGCAGCGGGCACGGCACGCCUGUACUUUUCCCUACGGACGAGCGCUACUUGCACGCUCAGCAAACAGCCACCGUGUCAUCGUCAUCGGCCAAGGAUCGCACCGACCCCAAACAGGACAAGGCAUGGACCGAUGAAGGAUCGUGGGGCUUCCCCGCCAACACGAAGCACCUGGCCCCGCGUGCCGGCGAGACGACACCCAUCUAUACCAGCGGCACCCCGCUAAUCCACGGUCACGGUAAGGAGGCGACCUCGGUCUCUUUCACCCGCGACGGCCGCUUGGUCUCGGCGUCGGACGACUUCACAGCCCGCGUCUGGGCCGAGGACCGCGAACAGGCCAAGCAGCUGCGCUGUGGCGGCUGGACCGGUGGUCAGCGCUGGGGUUGGGGCUGGGCAAGUGUGGAAACGGACUUUGAUGAGGAUGAAGUUGAGGAUGAAUUUUAG